UCUUGUUGCUCCAGCUUUAAUGGCGUGUGAGACUACGCUGAGUGUGUACACCUACGCUUUCCAGUAACCGCAUGUAAAUCUUCAAUCUUUGCAUGCUUCACCAACUCCUCACAAAAACAAAACCCCAUUAACCCAAUUCAUAUGAUUCUCUCUAAAAUGCUAAAAUGCUAAAAUGCAAUCCCAAUUCUCAUCAUAAAGGAACCAUUUUUAUUAUUCUUAAAAAACUGUGACCCAGAUGGCCAGACAGUCGUAACAUCUUCUUUGAAUCGAUAUCUGAAAAGGGUUCUCUGAUUGCUUUGUGUGAGUUUUUCCUCUUGUGUUCUCUGUUUUUUCCUUUUUUCUCUGCGUUUGUUCUUUCAGUUCUUUGUGUGUGAAUGUGUUGAGAUGGGUAAAGAAAUGACUGAGAAUGUGAAAGACGAUGGUGAGCUUGAGGAGCUUGAGAUGUUGCUGAAUGAGAUCCCUCGGGCAACAUCGCACAAUCUCCUCCACCUUUACCACAGGAAUCGCCAUGUUAAUGGUGAUGAUGAUCAUGAUCAUGGAAUGUGUGGUAUGUAUGAUGAUGUUGAUGAGCCGUUAACAACUCAGAUUCAGUAUCCAUGUGUUUCAUCACCUUUGAGUGGCUUCUCUGACGGCUCUUCGUCAAGCUUGUUCCUCCAUGGUGGACAUUCCCUCUCUGACACUGGAUCACCAACAUUGGAGGAUCUCAAAUCCACCAUUCCUUCUGGAAGCUCUUGUCACCCGAAUCCUUUCUACUUGGAUUCACUGACACCUGAUUCAGCUUCCAUUAACAGUGCCAAUGGAAGCUUCGCUGAUGAACUUGGCCUUUGUGCCAAUUUGAGUCAAAUGUACCUUGGAAAUCAACAUGACAGUCCGUACGAUUCCAAAGAUGUUUCAAUGGGUAUGAAUGGGGUUCCGUUUCGUGAUUGUUCCUUUACUGGAAAUACUCCAAUCAAUGUCAACAAACAUGGUGAUUAUUGCAAUUUCAAUAGGGAAUUUUUAGAUUGUGCGGCGGUCCAGUCACUGUUUCCCAGGAGUCCUAUCAACCAUGGUUCUGAUAUAAAUCCGACAUUAUCAGGAUUAACCCAGGAUUACAAAAUGGCUAAUUUAUUCGGACCAAGACAGUGUACUAAAUGGCCUGAGACAGUUCCUUCUCAGUUGAAUGGAUUUGGUGUUUCAAUGGAUUCUCCAAGGCACAGAAGGCAGAUGCUAGAUAACUAUUAUUUCAGAGGAAAUCAGGGACCGGUGCCUGCUGCUUCUUUGAGCCGAAAUUCAGUGGUUGAUGCUAUACUAUGUGCACAGAAAAAUGGAAUGAAUUUAAUGGAAGAGACAUGCAUGUCAAGAUUGUCAAACUCUUCCCUUUGUACUAAUUUAAGACCUUAUUUGAGUGUUCAGCAUAGCCACCCUUUAUCUAAUGCAAGAACUGUGCUUCCUUCAGAUGCAAGAAUCCCACAAGGGAAUCUAGAUUCUAUCACCAGUGAGGGAAGCUUCAUUUUACAAGGUGAAGGUUUAAAUUAUGUUGUUAACAGAUGCUCAGAUCGUUCACGAUGUCAGAAUAAGGCUGCUGUGCGAGGUACUGGAUAUGGUAAACAUCUAAGGAGAACGGAACUUGACACCCAGCACCAGGUUGUUGGAUCUCAUGGAAGUCCUAGGAGUGUUGGGAUUGGUUGCUCAUUCCCUUUGAUGCCAAAGUAUAGUUCCCUAGCCGAAGCUCGAGGAUAUAUAUAUUUAAUAGCCAAAGAUCAGCAUGGGUGUAGGUUCCUCCAAAGAACGUUUGAAGAGGGUACCCCAGAAGAUGUUCAAGUGAUAUUUAAUGAGAUCAUUGAUCAUGUGGUGGAACUUAUGAUGAAUCCCUUUGGGAAUUACCUUAUGCAGAAGUUAUUGGAUGUAUGCAGUGAAGAACAGAGAAUGCAGAUUCUACUCAUAAUUACUGAAGAACCAGGACAGCUUGUUAGAAUCUCUUUAAACACCCAUGGCACUCGUGUGGUACAGAAGCUGAUUGAGACUCUCAAAACCAGGCAGCAAAUUUCAUUAGUUGUAUCAGCUCUUGAACCAGGAUUCUUAGCUCUCAUCAAAGACCUAAAUGGAAACCAUGUAGUUCAGCGUUGUUUGCUAUGCCUGAACAAUGAGGAUAACAAGUUCAUCUUUGUUGCUGCUGCAAAGUAUUGUGUUGACAUUGCAACUCAUCAGCAUGGAUGUUGUGUUCUACAAAGAUGCAUCGGCCAUUCAACUGGGGAGCAUCGAGAAAAACUGAUUGCAGAGAUAUCUGCUAAUGCACUUCUGCUAUCUCAAGAUCCAUUUGGAAAUUAUGUUGUUCAAUAUAUCCUGGAGUUAGGAAUUCCACAUGCCACUGGAGCCAUACUUCUGCAAUUUGAAGGUAAUUAUGUGCACCUGUCAAGACAAAAGUUCAGCAGCCAUGUGGUUGAGAAAUGUCUUGCUGUAUUCAAUGAUGAGAAUCGGUCGAGAGUCAUUCAUGAACUUCUUUCUGCUCCUCACUUUGAACACUUGCUUCAAGAUCCACAUGCAAAUUAUGUCGUUCAAUCAGCUCUUCGCUAUUCUGAGGGUCAUUUGCACAAUUUACUCGUUGAAACGAUCGAGUCCCACAAGGCAAUUUCUCGUAACAGCCCAUAUUCUAAGAAGAUUUUCUCACCAAAUCUUUUGAGAAAAUGAUGUAUAUUCUCCUCUUUUGCAAGAAGUGUUGUUGUUGUUCAUAAGGAUGUCGGAAUCUGCUGGCAGAGUUAUUUGUUUUGCAUUGUUAUUUAAGUGUAAGUUGAGAAG